AGAUCGUUGCGACGAGAACGAAGUUUUUUAAAUUCAUAGACCCCGAGAAAAUGGAAAAUAGUACCCUAAAAAUGUCAAGGGAUGUAUUUAUCUGGAAAAAUGUCCACGAUGAAUGCCUUGUUACUGAGCUUUUGGUUGUUGAGCCGUAUAACCACAAACCUGGCUCAAAGGAAAGGGGCCUAGCUUGGAAGCAGAUCGCUGAGAAUUUAAACUCUAUACCAGAGCAAGACUUCAGAGUCACAGCACGAUCGGUGAGAGAUAGAUUUUUGAAGCUUUUAGAAAACUUCAAGAAGAAUGAAGUUGCUGAGAAGAGAGCUUCGGGCAUUCAAUGGGUGGAGUACAACAAUUUGUAUCGUGGCAUGCUAGAUAUCAGCGAGAGGAUGGAAGAGGCGCAGCUUUCGUGGGCAGAAGCAAAAGAUAGGAUCAAGGUGAAUGAAGAUAAAGAAAAUAAGAAGGCAGAAGAUAUGCGAAUGAAAGCUGUCGAGCGUCUUGGGGAAACUAGAAAGAGAAAAGAAGAAGAGGAUGGGACAGAAACACCGAAGAGAAGGAAAAAGGCGUCUGAGGCAGUUGUACUCAUAGAGCAAGGGCUAAAGUUUAAGCAGGAAAAUGCAAAUCAAGAAAGAGAGUUGAAAAAAGAAGAGUUGAAUGAAAGGCGUUUAGCAAGGGAGAAUUUGUCCAAAAUGAUGGAGGGUCAACAGACCUUCAUGCAAAAUAUGAUGCAGCAACAGCAGCAAUUCAUGUUACAGAUGCAGCAGACUCAAAUGCAAACAUUAGCUGUUAUGAACGAAAUGAUAAGUACUAUCAAUAACACCAAAAACAAUUAAAGGUU